AUGGUGACCGAAACAGGCAAGUACGUAACUAUCGGUGACAUCCAGGUGCAUGAGACUUUGAAGGACGCCGUGGAUAAGAAUAUCCUUCCGGGCACGGGAGUGACUACAUCAGAGUUCUGGCAUUAUUUGGAAAAGUUGUUGGCAGAGUUCACGGCUGAGAAUGCCGCCCUUUUGGCCCGACGCGAUGAGCUCCAGGCAGCGAUAGACGAGUGGUAUCAAGGGGGAUGUAAGGAAGAGCAGGAGAAGUUCCUGAAGAGGAUUGGAUAUCUGGUCGACCCGCCUGCGACCAAGAUCGCCAUCUCGACCACGAACGUCGAUCCGGAGAUCUCGUCGCUGGCAGGGCCGCUACUCGUCGUCCCGAUCGACAACGCUAGAUACGCUCUGAAUGCUGCUAAUGCGAGGUGGGGAUCCCUCUUUGAUGCUGUUUACGGCUCCGAUGUCAUUCCGAGACACCCCUGUUCGAGUGGGUACGACCCCGCUCGAGGCCUCGCUGUGCUCGAGUUCGUGUUCAAACAGCUGGAUCAUAUACUGCCUCUAGUUGAUGCUCAGUGGUCUGAGCUAGCAUCUAUUUGGGUGGAUGGCCGAGAACAGCUCGUGGCCAGUACUACCAAGGACAAGGCCACUGGACUGAAGUCGCCGGUCGCUUUCGUUGGAUAUCGGGGUAAUGCGAGCAAGGGUGACUUGGUGUUCGUCCAUAAUGGACUUCAUAUUAUCACCAAAAUCCACAAGGACUCCCAGGUUGGCAAGCAAAAUAGUAUGGGUCUGGUCGAUGUCGUUGUGGAGGCUGCCCUGACUGCUAUCAUGGAUUGCGAGGACUCAGUAGCGGCCGUUGAUGCGGAUGAUAAGGCUCGAGUCUAUUCCAAUUGGUCCGGUCUUAUGAGAGGCGAUCUUGAGACCUCUUUCGAGAAGGAUGGCAAAACCGUUACGCGUCGACUCAAUUCGGAUCUGGACUUCAGAAUGGCCGGGGGAGGGGGGGUUGUCACUCUGCCUGGGAGGGUGGUCGCAUUGGUUAGAAACGUCGGCAUUCGUCUGAGAACGGACGCGAUCUUGUAUCGUGGUGACGAGGCUUUCGAGGGUUUAGUCGAUGCUCUGGUAACCGCUACAGCUGGCUUACUUGAUCUACGCCAGCUCGGUCGCAACAGUCAUACUGGCUCUAUCUAUAUCGUCAAGCCCAAGCUGCAUGGACCUGAUGAAGUAGCCUUUGCUUGUCGAGUGUUCGAUCGGGUGGAGGAGAUGCUAGGACUGGCGCCAAAGACCAUCAAGAUAGGGCUGACGGAUGAAGAGCGAAGGACAAGCGUCAAUCUACAGUCCUGCAUCUAUGCUGCUCGUGAACGUGUUGUCUGUCUUAAUACUGGCUUCAUGGACCGUACGGGUGAUGAAAUCCACACUUGUAUGCACUCGAAGUUGCCUGUUGCUCCAAAGGGCGAAAUGAAGAAGGCUAGAUGCACACAGGCUCACGAGAAACUCAAUGUCAUCGAGGGGCUUUCAGCUGGCAUGGGCAUGCGGGCUCAGAUUGGUAAAGGCAUGUGGGCCGAGCCCGACUCGAUGAAAGCAAUGCUCGAUCAAAACACCGACCAUCCCCUUUCUGGGGCGUCAACCGCCUGGGUCCCAUCACCCACUGCUGCGACUUUGCAUGCUUUGCAUUACCACAUGGUGGAUGUCUUUGCGGUCCAGAAGACAAUCCCCACUGAUCCAGCGAUAGUCGCCCAGCUUCGUCAUCAGUUAUUGCAGCCCCCAUUCGAUGCGACUGUGGCCACGCUUCCUAAGAGAGAUAUCCAGCGCGAGCUUGACAACAACGCCCAGGGAAUUCUCGGCUAUGUUGUACGUUGGGUCGAUCUCGGCGUUGGAUGCAGCAAAGUUCCGGACAUUAACAAUGUGGGUCUCAUGGAAGACCGAGCCACUUUACGGAUAUCUUCCCAGCAUAUAGCUAACUGGCUUGCUCAUGGAAUAGUCAGUAAGACACAAGUGAAGAACUCGUUUAUCAAGAUGAGUGCUGUUGUGGACGACCAGAACCGAGGGGAUCCUCAGUACAAUGCGAUGAACAGCGCCGGGACGGCUUUCGAGGCGGCGAUGGAUCUGGUCUUCGAAGGGGCAAAGUCACCGAACGGUUACACCGAGGAGAUUCUGACGAGAGCUAGACGGGCGGUCAAGGCGAAACCAGAUAAGCAGUUGAGGUUGUGA